UUUAAUGUGGCUUAUAAGCUGAUAACGAAAUGUUUGGCUGAACGGAUUAAGCCUUUGAUGCCGAGUCUAGUUCAUGAGACACAAACAAGUUUUGUCCCGGAGAGACAUAUUACGGAUAAUAUCUGUAUUCUGCAGGAAGUGGUCCAUUCGAUGCAGGCUAAAGGGGGGAAGGUAGGUUGGAUGGUGCUGAAGAUUGACUUGGCCAAGGCUUAUGACAGAAUAAAGUGGAGCUUCGUGCUUGACACGCUGGAGGCUGUGGGUGCGCCGCGAAGCUUCACGGAGUUGACUAUGAGUUGCAUAACCUCUGCAUCAAUGCAAAUUCAGUGGAACGGAGGCCUUACUGAGCCUUUUUCUCCGUCACGGGGCCUGAGACAGGGCUGCCCGCUCUCCCCCUAUAUCUUUACACUGUGUAUGGAGAGACUGGGACACCUGAUUGAUGCUGCGGUGGAGGCAGGGGAGUGGCAACCAAUCCGGCUCUCCCAAAGAGGUCCCAAGCUGUCUCACUUGUUUUUCGCCGAUGAUCUGAUUCUCUUCAGUGUGGCCUCUAUGGAGCAGGUGCAGGUUAUCUCGAAGUGCCUGGAGAACUUUGGGUUGGCUUCUGGUCAGGAGAUAAGCAGGCCAAAAUUGAGAAUUUUCUUCUCUCACAACGUCUCAAAUGUUGUGGAGACUGCGUUGAGUGCCGCUCUCGAUAUCCCUGUAACUAAAAACUUGGGGCGAUACCUGGGUGUUCCAGUGAUUCACGGCAGGGUGUCGAAAGCUACAUAUACUAAUCUCAUUGACAGGAUAGAUUCCAGAUUAGCAGGGUGGAAGGUUAAUUCCUUAUCUCUGGCGGGCAGAAUCACUCUUGCUCAGGCAGUUUUAUCUUCGCUACCGGCUUAUACGAUGCAGACUGCUCUCCUGCCUGCAUAUGUGCGAGAGUAUAUUGACAAGAAGAUCAGGGGAUUCAUUUGGGGGAGUUCGGAACAAGGGAGAAAGGUUCACCUGGUGGAUUGGGAAACGCUCUAUAGACCUAAGGCAGAAGGAGGAUUGGGGCUGAGAAGCGCGACAAGAAUGAAUGAUGCUUUCAUGCUCAAGAUUGCCUGGAGACUUUUUGUCGAGCAAGACAGUAUCUGGGCACAGGUCAUCCGCGGGAAGUACCUAAGAGAGGUGAAUGGUAUUUGGUACCCUCCGCGUAAUGGUAGGUUAUCGAAUUUAUGGAGAGGAGUACUGCGAGUUCUACAUCAUAUCCCGGGAGGUACAAUGUGGAACAUCAGAAGCGGGAUGCAGGCCAUGUUUUGGUAUGAUAGAUGGCUGCAGGAUGGUCCGCCUCUAAAGGAGUUUGCAUUAAACCUCCCUGAAGAAGCGAACAACCUGCGAGUGGCGGAGGUGGUGUUGAAUGGGGAAUGGAAUUUGGAGUAUGUCAAGGCCUUUCUCACGGAACCUCUUGUUCUUCAACUACAACUUCAUCCAAUUCCAGAGGGAAUGGAACCUGAUGUCCCCACUUGGCGGUUCUCGGAAUCAGGUAAGUUCACUGUGAAGUCUGCGGCGGAGUUGCUACGGGAGGAGGAGGAGGGUAGCGAAGAACACCCUGCUUGGCGAGCUGUUUGGAAAAUUCAGGGACCGCAACGUACUCGUUCAUUCUUUUGGUUGGUUUUGCAUGGGAGGCUUCUCACAAAUGGAGAACGUCAACGAAGACACCUUGCCUUGUCCGAUGCUUGCCGGAUAUGUGGGUCUGGACCAGAGACAGUUAUCCAUGUUCUUCGUGACUGCUCGUAUGCUCGGCACGUGUGGUCGCACUUGCUUGAGGGUGAACCGGAUAGUAUAGUCUUCCAGGAAGAAGUUAGAAAAUGGGCUCUGCAUUAUUUGACAGGUAGAAGCAAUGUUAUUGAGCAGUCGGUUUUCGCAAUCUUAUGUUGGCAGCUAUGGAGAAACCGAAACCUCUGGGUCUUCGAAGAGCAAUUGGCCAGUGCAGAGCAGCUCAUUCAUGCGGCAAAACUACUAAGCAAUCAAGCUAAGGAAGCAUUUGAGGUAGGCAGAAGUAUUGUGCAGGGAGAUUCAGCUAGUGAAACGAGGCUUAUUUGCUGGCAGAGGCCACCGCCAGGCUGGGUUUGUGUAAACUCGGACGGAUCAGUAGUUCUGGCUCAGGGAAGUUCGGCGGCCGGAGGUGUCAUUCGAGACAGCGACGGUCGAUUUGUGAUUGCCUACGCUGUCAAUUUGGGCGGCGGUUCCGUUACAAGUGCGGAGCUGGCAGGGAUCGCUCAUGGGCUACAACUUGCGUGGGAUCGAGGCCAUCGACAAGUGAUUGUGCAAACUGACUCUUCGACAGCCCUUGCGAUUAUUCAAGCGGCGGACAUCUGGCACCACAAUGGGAUCGCUCAUCAUACGAUGGUCUCCUAUAUCCGGAGUCUGCUAGCGAGAGAUUGGGAGGUUUCACUCGGCCACGUUUUUAGAGAAGCCAACUUUGUAGCAGACCACGUGGCAUCAGAAGCCCACUCUUUGCCAGUGGGAGUUCAUGUAAUUGAGAACCCGAGUCUUAGCUUGCACUAUUGGCUGUACUUUGAUUCCAUUGGGUUCAAACUCCGAGAUCGGUUAAUCUAUAAGGGUUAGAGCGCCCCUUUGCGCUCUGUUUAUAACAAAAAAAAAAACACCAAAAUUGAAAGAAAUAUUUUCACACAAAGUGAGACCAUCUGAACUCAACUACCAAGAAAAUAGAAUAUUUUUGAAAUAUUUUUUCUAUAUAUAAUAUUUGGGGUAAUUUAUCAAAAUGAUCAUAUCGGUUUGCCUGUGACAAAAUUGUUUCAAAUAUUUAAAAUGUAACCUAAUUAUCAUAUACAUAUAUGACAUAAGAAAAUAAACAUUUCGUA